GGCAGCGAGCGCCGAGCGAGGGGGCCGGCGCGGGGCCCCCGACAUGGCGUAGCUCACACGGCGAGCAUGGUCUUUGUCCAACUUUUCUGAUGCCGGGAGGCAGCGCGGCACGGCUCUAGCGGGAAGGGGUCCUGCCAAAGCUGAGCAACACCGGGAAGAGAAGGAGGUGCUGCUGGAGCAAAAGGUACUGCACCGUGAGCCCGGCCGAAGAGGUGUGAGGAGGAGAGCACAUCGUCUGGGAUAUCCUCGGGGCUCUACCGCCCUAGAGGGGGGAAGAGAGAAGAAACCAGCGCUUCUGUGUGAAGACCUCUGUGCUUUAACUUGAGAAGGGAUUGAAACACCCCAAGCAGCCUCUGAAGGAAGUGGGCUGUGAUUUUUUUUUUGGAGAUGGUGGAAUCCACAGAUAAUCUUCAUGGAUUCUAAUGUUGCCAUCAGUGCAAGAAGAGUGGCGGGAAUGGGUUGGCUGUGGAUGGUCUGCUUCUUUCAUCUAGUCACCUCCCUGGAAGAAAUACUUCUGGAUACCACUGGAGAGACCUCAGAGAUUGGCUGGACCAGCCACCCUCCUGAUGGGUGGGAUGAGGUAAGUGUCCUGGAUGACAAGAAGCGCCUGAUCCGAACCUUUGAAGUUUGUAAUGUGGCUGAACCAGGUCAGAAUAACUGGUUGCGUACUCACUUCAUAGAGCGGCACGGAGCCCACCGAGUACAUGUCCGCCUCCGUUUCUCAGUGAGAGACUGUGCCAGCAUGCGUACUGUGGCCUCUUCCUGCAAGGAGACUUUCACGCUCUACUACCACCAGGCAGAGGCUGAUGUAGCCUCUCAGGAGUUGCCAGAGUGGCAUGAGGGCCCCUGGACCAAGGUGGAUACUAUUGCAGCUGAUGAAAGCUUUUCCCAGGUGGACAGCACUGGGAAGGUGGUAAAGAUGAAUGUUAAAGUCCGUAGCUUUGGGCCACUCACCCAGCGUGGCUUCUACCUGGCCUUUCAGGACUCAGGAGCCUGCAUGUCCCUUGUGGCAGUUCAGGUCUUCUUCUACAAGUGCCCAGCUGUGGUGAAAGGAUUUGCCUCUUUCCCGGAAACUUUUGCUGGAGGGGAGAGGACCUCCCUGGUGGAGUCACCAGGGACAUGUGUAGCAAAUGCUGAAGAGGCAAGCACAACUGGGUCUUCAGGUGUUCGGCUGCACUGCAACGGAGAAGGCGAGUGGAUGGUGGCCAUUGGACGAUGCACCUGUAAGGCUGGCUACCAGCCUGUUGAUGAUGAACGAGCCUGCCAACCCUGCCCCCUUGGUUCCUUUAAACUAUCUGUGGGAGAUGACCCCUGCCAUCUGUGCCCUGCCCACAGCCAUGCUCCAGUGCCAGGCUCCAGUGAAUGUGUAUGUCAAAACCGCUACUAUCGAUCUGCUUCUGACACUUCUGAUGCUCCCUGCACUGGCAUUCCCUCUGCUCCCCGUGAUCUUAGUUAUGAAAUUGUUGGCUCCAACGUGCUUCUGACCUGGCGCCUCCCCAAGGACCUGGGUGGCCGCAAGGAUGUUUUCUUCAAUGUUAUCUGCAAAGUGUGCCCAGCUGGGUCUCCAGGGCCAUGUGUGCGCUGUGGGGACAGUGUACAAUUUGAACCACGCCAAGUGGGCCUGACGGAAAGUCGUGUGCUAGUCUCCAACCUGUUGGCCCGUGUGCAAUACACCUUUGAGAUCCAGGCUGUGAAUUUGGUGACUGAGUUGAGUUCAGAAGCACCCUACUACGCAACCAUCAAUGUUAGCACCAGCCAGUCAGUCCCCUCUGCAGUUCCUAUGAUGCAUCAGGUGAGUCGUACUAGCAGUAGCAUCACUUUGUCCUGGCCUCAGCCAGACCAGCCUAAUGGGAUCAUCCUGGAUUACCAGCUUCGUUACUUCGACAAGGCAGAUGAGGAGGAUAAUUCAUUGACCUUGACUAGUGAGACCAACAUGGCCACCAUCUCAAAUUUGAGCCCAGGCAAGAUCUAUGCCUUCCAAGUACGAGCUAGAACAGCAGUGGGCUAUGGCCCAUACAGUGGAAAGAUGUAUUUCCAGACGCUAAUGGGAGGGGAGCGCUCGGAGAUGGUGCAGGACCGACUGCCGCUUAUCGUGGGCUCAGCACUCGGUGGUCUAGCCUUCUUGGUAAUUGCUGCCAUUGCCAUCCUUGCCAUCAUCUUCAAGAGUAAAAGACGAGAGACUCCAUACACAGACCGCCUGCAGCAGUAUAUCAGUGCACGAGGGCUUGGAGUGAAAUAUUACAUUGACCCUUCAACCUAUGAAGAUCCCAAUGAAGCUAUUAGAGAGUUUGCCAAGGAGAUUGAUGUGUCCUUAAUCAAGAUUGAGGAGGUCAUUGGAUCAGGAGAGUUUGGAGAGGUGUGUUUUGGGCGCCUAAAACCCCCAGGGAAGCGUGAAUACACAGUAGCUAUUAAGACCCUGAAGUCAGGUUACACAGAUGAACAACGGCGGGAGUUCCUGAGCGAAGCCAGCAUCAUGGGGCAGUUUGAGCAUCCCAAUGUCAUCCACCUGGAGGGUGUGGUCACCAAGAGCCGACCGGUCAUGAUUGUCACAGAGUUCAUGGAGAAUGGAUCGUUGGAUUCCUUCCUCAGGCAGAAGGAAGGACAGUUCAGUGUGUUACAGCUGGUGGGAAUGUUGCGAGGGAUUGCAGCUGGCAUGCGCUACCUUUCAGACAUGAACUAUGUGCAUCGUGACCUUGCAGCACGUAACAUCUUAGUCAACAGCAACCUUGUGUGCAAGGUCUCAGACUUUGGUUUGUCUCGUUUUCUGGAAGAUGAUGCUUCAAACCCCACCUACACUGGAGCUCUGGGCUGCAAAAUCCCCAUCCGUUGGACUGCCCCUGAAGCUGUUCAGUAUCGCAAAUUCACCUCCUCCAGCGAUGUCUGGAGCUAUGGCAUUGUCAUGUGGGAGGUGAUGUCCUAUGGCGAGAGGCCUUACUGGGACAUGUCCAAUCAGGAUGUAAUAAAUGCCAUUGACCAGGACUAUCGCCUGCCACCACCCCCUGACUGCCCAACUGUUUUGCACCUGCUGAUGCUUGACUGCUGGCAGAAGGAGCGGGUCCAGAGACCCAAAUUUGAGCAAAUAGUCAGUGCCCUAGAUAAAAUGAUCCGCAAGCCAUCAGCACUCAAAGCCACUGGCACAGGGAGCGGCAGACCAUCUCAGCCUCUGCUGAGCAACUCUCCUCCAGACUUCCCUUCACUCAGCAGUGCCCAUGAGUGGUUGGAUGCCAUCAAGAUGGGCCGUUACAAGGAGAAUUUUGACCAGGCUGGUCUGAUCGCAUUUGAUGUCAUAUCACGCAUGACUCUGGAAGAUAUCCAGCGAAUUGGCAUCACCCUGGUUGGUCACCAGAAAAAGAUUCUAAACAGCAUCCAGCUCAUGCGAGUCCAUUUGAAUCAGCUUGAACCAGUUGAAGUGUGACAUUUACACCAUCCUCAUUCCACCUGUCUCAAACUUCUGGGGAGAUUCAGAAGGAUUUUCGCUAUAAGAAACAGAGAUGGCAAGAUGGUUCUUGGAGACUUAAUGAAGCCAGAGUGUGCAUUAAAUGUCCCAUUCCAAUAACAAAAUUUUGCCAUGAUUUGAGAGCAGAGCUACAUAUAUGGUGGCAUUUAAAUGUGGCUGAUGUUGUACACUGGGAAUGGGUUGAGGGAGGGAAAGUUAUAGUAAUGUAGGGAGGAGUGGAAUAAUAGCUUGGACAGAUCACAGGCACCUGUUACCUCUUCUCUGCCAACAAAGGGGAUCAGACAACUUUAUGAAGCUGUCAGAAGGCUUUUUCUGUGGCUGGGAGCCCAGCAAAGUUGCAAAUACAUAAUAAAGGCAACAAAAAGUUACCUUUUUUUUUCUAAAAGAAUGUCAUCCUAGUGUGUGAGAUUAUUAGUCAGAUGGCAAUGGGCAUCAGCCUAUCACUUGCUACACCAGCUUGGUGGGGAACUCAAGUUCCAGGUAGUGCACGGUAUGUGCUAAGAGAUAAAACAUGUCACUUGAUAACUGUUCCAGAGGUUGAGAGUAAAGGGCUCAAAAUUCCAUGCUAUUUCAUGCACAGUUCUUGAAUCAGCUCCAUGAUCCAGAAGGGAUAUGUACUAUACCAUUGUGCUGAGACAAGGAAUGACAAGUCCUUAGUGCUAUACAGCUCUCUCUAUGGGACUGGGACAAAAUGAAAUGGUAAGGAUUCCCAAAAUCUAUCCUUCUUGGGUCAGCUAUUGGAGAGGAAACCAGGUAGGUUUUUGUUCCAUCCAGCCUAUACUUGGGAGGAAAGAUGGAAGUUUCAGCAUUCCAAAUGAUAAGCACCCAGAAUUUGGGUCUUCUUGUUCUCUUCUGGUCCCAUUACAGACACUGAAGAGAGUGGCUGAAAAAUCUGAAGCCUUUUGCUAUUGAAAAAUGCUCACUUCUUUUCUCACCCUCUCCAGCUAGUGCCCUAAAAUAAAUACUGAUGAACUGAACAGCAAUGGGCACAGACUAGGUGUUGAAGAUUGUUUUUGAAGAAAAUGCAGACCUGCGGUAUUCAACUGCAAAUAUGCAUUUGGAUCAAGGGAGGUUGAAUCUCUUUCACAAGUUCUCAUCAAGAGCAAUCAGUUGUACAGAGAAAGGUACCAGUCCCACCAGUCAGUUCAGACCUUAAUAAGAACGUCCUUGGGAUCAACCAUACAGUAUGUUCUCUGGCAGUAGUGCAUGAGAAAGACCAGAGGACAUAGGUUAUGUCUUCCUUCAGAUAGACUAAUACCUGCUUAAGGAAAGGUCUGCUUUGGAGAGGAGCAGAGCAGAGGCUUUCUGUGUCCCUGUGCAGGAGUAUAAGAACAUGAAGCUGAACUUGAGAUGAAAACUCAUAAAUAAUGCACUUUUCCACUUCACCAACCCCCAUGAAAGGAAAGGAGAUGGCUUUGUUUAGCAAGUCCCCCCUGAAGCCACUGCAUACAAAGCUGUCUUCUUUGUGUCUAGAGAGGGUCACCGUGGCUGUUCUGAUCUGUACCCAUCUGUUGGCCCACUGUGAACUAGUCAGCAACUUACUGUUUUGUAUUUCUCCAGCUGCCAGGCAGGGUUAGAAGAGCACAACUUCUGCAGCUACUACUCCCGUAUGGAUUUAAAAAUCCUCCAGUCAACUCAGCAAUUGAAGACUGAGAAAACGUGCUUAAUAUUUAAUGAAGAGUCCCAUAAUAUGACAGGAGGUGCACCAGAACAGUUGCACUGGAACAGCCAGCACAGUUCAGAAUCUUUAUUGUACCAUGCGAACAAGAUAUUUUUAUUUUUUUAGUUGAAGAGGGAGUAUUUUUUACAGUCACAGGAAAGGGAUUUACUCACUAUACAGAGGCAUACAAGUAGUGAUCAGACAUUGUAGACCUCCUCUUCCUCCUGUUCUAAGGCAAGGUUUAAAUGGCCUUGCAUGCCCACAGUUACUCCGUAUGGUAUCUAUAAUAUAUGGUAAGAAGACUGAGUAAUGUGCACAGGUAUCAAGGCCCAGACCUUCCUGUGGGUAUUGGGCAUUUGUAUGGGAACUCAGGAAAGUCACAUCUGUAGUAGGAAAAAAACAUACUGCAAAAACUGAAAACUCUCCUGUUACUCUCCUAUCAACUUUUCACUCUCUGGAGACAGGAAGAAACUUCCCCUUAGGGCACACUAUUUCAUAAUUAUUCCUGAUGAGGUUCCCGGCACUCGCCGUUCUGAUGUCUGUUACUGGAGACUCUCCCAAACAGACAAUUGGCUCUGCUGCAGCAUGGCAAUUCAUGUAUCAUGCUGCCAAAGAAUGCAUCAGCCAAGCAAGUUCCCACCUAACUGUACUUAGGCAGCCAAAUGAAAUUGAGCCAGGAGCUGCAUGUCAGUGCACCCCUGCCUCACCAAGUCAUGGCUUGUUCAUGUCACAAGUACGUCAUGCUCACCCGGAGUGUUUGAAGGCAAAUGCUUAAGCUAAGAUUUUUGCACCCACAUCUGGAAUAAUGUUGCAGAAAGGCCCAAUGAUGGUGUAACUUACAUAAUGAUUUCUGUGGUGUUUGGCACACACCUCUCCUAAGUGCACGUGCAGAUUACAUGGGCUGCAGCAUCCCUUUUUUAUUUUGUUUGUUUUUAAAGUUUGAGGAUGUAGUCUUAGUGCUUACUGUGACAGCACUAUACUAGGGCUAGUUGGGGCAGCACCAGCUGGCUAAAACUACAUAGCUCUGAUGGAGAACGGAGAAAGUAUCUAUCUCUUAGUACAAAUAUCUUUAGCAGCUGGGACUAUGUAGAAAGAAAGAAGCUGCUGUAGCUCCCCUGAUCCCAGACAAUUCAUAUUUUAGUAAGCUGAAUGAAGCCUCUGUGUAUGGUGGGAAAUGAUGAGCAGCACCAAGGAACUUACCUUUAAUUAGCAGGCAGAGGUGGGGCUGUCCCUAGUGCUAGAUCUGCUUUGGUCAGGGACUGCAGCCAGUGACUCUAAUUUGGGGCUAGCAUAAGUGAAGGGAACCAUUUUGAAUCCAUCCUGAGCUGAGGCUAGAGGGGGCAAAGUAAUGAGCUGUUCCCAUGCUUCCCACACUACCACUCAUUCAUAACUAAGGAGCACCCUAAGGACAA